CCCGCCCGCCGCGGCCCCCCAGCGCCCCCCGCCCGGGCCGCGCCCCCGCCCCCCAUGCACCACCUCCUGGAGCAGUCGGCGGACAUGGCGACCGCGCUGCUGGCGGGCGAGAAGCUGCGGGAGCUGAUCCUGCCCGGCGCGCAGGACGACAAGGCGGGCGCGCUGGCCGCGCUGCUACUGCAGCUCAAGCUGGAGCUGCCAUUCGACCGCGUGGUCACCAUCGGCACCGUGCUCGUUCCCAUCCUGCUGGUCACCCUGGUCUUCACCAAGAACUUCGCAGAGGAACCUAUUUACUGUUACACCCCGCACAACUUCACCCGCGACCAGGCACUGUACGCCCGUGGCUACUGCUGGACGGAGCUUCGGGACGCGUUGCCCGGCGUGGACGCCAGCCUGUGGCCAUCGCUUUUUGAGCACAAGUUCCUGCCGUAUGCGCUGCUGGCCUUUGCUGCCAUCAUGUACGUGCCUGCGCUGGGCUGGGAGUUCCUGGCUUCCACCCGCCUCACCUCCGAGCUCAACUUCCUACUGCAGGAGAUCGACAACUGCUACCACAGGGCAGCUGAGGGCCGCGCACCCAAGAUCGAGAAGCAGAUCCAGUCCAAGGGGCCUGGCAUCACAGAGCGGGAGAAGCGCGAGAUCAUUGAGAAUGCCGAGAAGGAGAAAAGCCCGGAGCAGAACCUGUUCGAGAAGUACCUGGAGCGCCGGGGCCGCAGCAACUUCCUGGCCAAGCUGUACCUGGCGCGGCAUGUGCUCAUCCUGCUGCUCAGUGUGGUGCCCAUCUCCUACCUGUGUACCUACUAUGCCACACAGAAGCAGAAUGAGUUCACCUGCGCGCUCGGUGCCUCCCCUGACGGCCCAGCAGGUGGGGGCCCAGCCGUGCGCGUCAGCUGCAAGCUGCCGUCCGUGCAGCUGCAGCGGAUCAUCGCGGGUGUGGACAUCGUACUGUUGUGCUUCAUGAACCUCAUCAUUCUCGUCAACCUCAUCCACCUCUUCAUCUUCCGCAAGAGCAACUUCAUCUUCGACAAGCUGCACAAGGUGGGCAUCAAGACACGGCGGCAGUGGCGACGCUCCCAGUUCUGUGACAUUAACAUCCUUGCCAUGUUCUGCAAUGAGAACCGGGACCACAUCAAGUCGCUCAACCGGCUGGACUUCAUCACCAAUGAGAGCGACCUCAUGUAUGACAAUGUGGUGCGGCAGCUGCUGGCUGCACUGGCCCAGUCCAACCACGACGCCACUCCCACUGUGCGGGACUCUGGCAUCCAGACUGUGGACCCCAGCGCCAACCCUGCCGAGCCUGACGGCUCUGCUGAGCCGCCCGUGGUCAAGCGGCCACGAAAGAAGAUGAAGUGGAUCCCCACCAGCAACCCGCUGCCGCAGCCCUUCAAGGAGCAGCUGGCCAUCAUGCGGGUGGAGAACAGCAAGGCUGAGAAGCCUAAGCCUGUGCGCAGGAAGACGGCCACCGACACGCUGAUUGCCCCGCUCCUGGAUGCAGGCGCCCGUGCUGCACACCACUACAAGGGUAGCGGGGGGGACGCAGGUGCUGCCACUGCCCCAGACAAGAAGCAUGCACGCCACUUCUCCCUGGAUGUGCACCCCUAUAUCCUGGGCACCAAGAAGGCCAAGCCUGAGACGGUACCUGCAGCUCUGCCCACCUCCCGCAGCCAGGAAGGCGGCUUCCUGUCACAAGCUGAGGAGUGCGGGCUGGGCCUGGCCACAGCACCCACCAAAGAUGCCCCACUCCCUGAGAAGGAGACCCCAUACUCUGCAGAGCCGGCCCGGCCUGGACUUCCUGCUGGGGGCCCAUUCCACGUCUGCUCGCCCGCCGCAUCGCCCACUGUGGCCCCUCUGUCACCAGCCAGCCUGGGCAAAGCCGAUCCCCUGGCCAUCCUGAGCCGCAAUACCACCCACCCCCUGCUCCACAUCAACACACUGUACGAAGCCCGGGAGGAGGACGAGGGGGCCCCCCGGGUGCCUGCGGACAUGGGUGACCUCAUCACCAUCCCCCCACCCCAGCAGAUCCUCAUUGCCACUUUUGAGGAGCCCAGAACAGUUGUGAGUACCGUGGAGUUCUGAGGGAUGGGCCACCUGGGCCCCUGCAUGAGCCCACGGACAUGGCCUUUGCCCGUCUGGCACUGCCACCCCCGCCUGUACUGCAUGCUGGGGCUCAGCACCCUUCUGCCUGGCUCACCGAGGCACUGAUGCGAGGGGGCUAGGGCAAGGCUGAAGUGAGGUGCCACCCACCCUGAUGCAGGCGCUGUGCUGGGCGCCAGGCUGCAAGAUAGAGUUUAUUUUUUUAGCCAGUUCUGUUAUGGGCGAAGACCGGCAGGACAGCUCAGUGCCCCCCCAUCCUGGGCCCCAUCCCAGGGCAAUUGAGAAGGAUACCAGGGAAGGUGGCACUGGCCACUGGGCCACGCCCCAGGGGUCACUUAUGAAGACGCUCCACCCCUGCAGGGACCUUUGCCCCCAGGUGGGGGUGAGGGCAGCCCUGGGCCCAAAUCAACAUGCACUUUCUUCCUGUAGCCUGACAUACACUUUAUUUUACUAUGAUUACUGUAACUGAUGAGCAUAUUCAUCAUCAGGAGACCUAGGAUGAGUUUAAAGCAAGGGAUAGUAUGUGAGUAGGUGUGAGUGUACAAGUGCAGGAGUGAACGCAAGUGUGGGGGAGACGCCCAGUGCCCUGUACCAGCAUUCAUGAGCAGGUGUGGGUGCGAGAGAACUUGAGUGUGCCUGUGUGUGGAGUGACCUGUGUGUGCAAGGGGCACUGCAUGCAUGUGAGCCAGUGGGUGAGGGCAGGUGGGUGCCAGCAGGAGAGUGAGCGAGGGAAGGAGUCCAACGCAAUAACCACACCCCUCCUGGGCCAGCUGUGCUCUUGGUUACCUGGAGCCCAGGCUGCCGCUGGCCCCACCCUAUUACCUCAGCCACCGCGGCGUGUGACGCAGUAUUGACGAGGUAGCACUGAGCAUAUCAAUAAAUGUUAUUCUGAUAA